GUUAUCGGAGGGCUGGUGUUUGUCUCCCCCACCCCACGAAGCCAUGGACACCAAUCUGACCCUACUCAACACCGUUGGGGUGGGAGACCUGGUACUUCUUGACCCACUGACAGAAGAUACGUUGGUGCAAAACCUGGAGGAACGUUUCCGACAUAAUGAAAUCUAUACUUACAUUGGGAAUGUGGUGAUCUCAGUGAACCCAUAUCAGCCCCUGCCCAUUUACUCAGAAGAGAUGGUGGAACAGUAUAAGAACUGUAACUUCUUUGCUGUAAAGCCUCACAUCUAUGCCAUAGCUGAUGAUGCUUACCGCUCCCUGAGGGACCAGGAUAAGGACCAGUGCGUCCUUAUUACCGGUGAGAGUGGAGCUGGCAAAACAGAGGCCAGCAAGCUAGUGAUGUCAUAUGUGGCAGCAGUCUGUGGAAAAGGGGAACAGGUGAACCGAGUGAAGGAACAGCUGCUGCAGUCAAACCCGGUCCUGGAAGCCUUUGGGAAUGCGAAAACCAUCCGUAAUGACAACUCCUCAAGAUUUGGCAAAUACAUGGAUAUCGAGUUUGACUUCAAGGGUGAUCCUUUGGGUGGUGUCAUCAGCAAUUACCUGCUGGAGAAGUCCCGGGUGGUGCAUCAUGUCAAGAGUGAGAGGAACUUCCACAUCUUCUACCAAAUCCUGUCUGGAGGUUCUGAUCAGCUGCUCAAGCAGCUGAAGCUAGAGCGAGACUGCAGCGUUUACAGUUACCUCAACAGGGAGGCCCCAAGCCUGCAGGGAGUGGAUGAUGCUGCCAACUUCAGGGCUAUUCAGGAUGCCAUGAAAGCCAUUGGCUUUUCCUCAGCAGAGGUGACUGCAGUGCUGGAGGUGACAGCUGUCGUCCUCAAACUGGGCAAUGUGCAACUGAGUGAGCAAUUCCAAGCCAGUGGAGCAGAGUCAUGUGGAGUCAAGAAUGAGCAAGUGCUAAGGGAGAUAUGUCAGCUGAUCCGUCUGGACGAAACUGUAUUGGAACAUGCUUUGUGCUCCCGUACUGUGGAGACCCAUCAGGAGAAGAUGGUGACAACUUUGAGGGUCUCUCAAGGUUAUUAUGCACGGGAUGCCCUUGCAAAGAAUAUCUAUAACCGGCUAUUUAACUGGCUAGUUAACAGGAUCAACGAGAGCAUCAAAGUUAAAACAACUGAGCGCAAGAAAGUGAUGGGUGUUCUGGAUAUUUACGGCUUUGAGAUUUUUCAGAAAAACAGCUUUGAGCAGUUCAUUAUCAAUUACUGUAACGAGAAGCUGCAGCAGAUUUUCAUCCUGUUGACCCUGAAAGAAGAACAAGAGGAGUACAUUCGGGAGGGCAUUGCAUGGACUCCUGUGGACUUCUUCGAUAACAGCGUCAUCUGUAACUUGAUUGAGGAUAACACAGGUGGGAUCCUGGCCAUGCUGAAUGAGGAGUGCCUUCGCCCAGGGCAGGUGAACGAAGCGACUUUCCUGGCCAAACUCAACCAAGUAUUUAAAGACCACCAACGCUAUGAGAGCAGAGUCACCCAGAAUGCCAAACAUAUCAUGGAUGCCAGCAUGCUUACGGACUGCUUCCGUAUUCAUCAUUAUGCUGGCAAAGUGACCUACAAUGUGACUGGCUUCAUAGAGAAGAACAAUGACCUGCUCUAUAGGGACCUGUCACAAGCCAUGUGGAAGGCCAAGCACGAGCUGUUACGCACCCUGUUCCCUGAAGGGGACCCCGAAAAAGCCUCACUCAAGCGUCCACCAACCGCUGGCUUCCAGUUCAAAGCUUCUGUGGCCACCCUCAUGAAGAACCUCUACUCCAAGAAGCCCAACUACAUCAGGUGCAUCAAGCCCAACGAUACCAAGGCACCUGCUGUGUUCACCGAUGCACUGGUUCGGACACAGGUGCGCUACCUUGGCCUGCUGGAGAAUGUGCGAGUUCGAAGAGCUGGCUAUGCCUAUCGCCAAGGCUAUGGGCCAUGCCUGGAGCGCUACAAAAUGCUCAGCAAGGAGACCUGGCCACACUGGAAUGGAAGCGCCAGAAAUGGCGUUCAAGCCCUCUUGGACAGCCUGCCAAUCGAUCCCAAGGAGCUGGCAUAUGGACACACCAAGAUCUUCAUCCGCACCCCUGCUCAGCUUUUUAACUUAGAAGACCGACGUCAGCGGCGAGUCGAGGAGCUGGCUGCCCUGAUUCAAGCAACUUACCGGGCAUGGAAAUGCCGCAUGCACUAUCAAAAGAUGCGCAAGAGCCAGAUCCUUAUCUCUGCCUGGUACCGGGGCCAUGCACAAAAGAACAAAUAUUCCAAGAUGAAGAUGGCAGCUCUUCUUAUUCAGGCCUAUGUCCGAGGCUGGAAG